GGGUGUCUGUGUGUCUGUGUGAGUGUGUGUCUGUGUGAGAAUGUGAGUGUGUGUGUGGUGUGUGUGUGUGGUGUGUGUGUGAGUGUGUGUGUGGUGUGUGUGUGUGAGUGGGUGUGUCUCUAACGCUGUGUGGAAGCUUCCUGGUCUGUCCAUCCACACUCCCAUCCCCCUUCUUCACGCUUGCGACACGUGAGCCCCUUUAAAUGCACAUCUGUGCCCGGUUAGAAACAUUCAGGCUGGACCUGCCAACGAUCCAUCCAUCCUGGGUUUCACCUGCAGGCUGGAUUGUUUGCGAGGAGCUCUCAAAAUCCUUGAAAGAUCUGGACAAAGUCCCAUCGGACGGCUCCCGAACGAGUCCGCGAAUCGAACUCCGUCUCCGCUCCGCCGCUCCCUCGGCCCUGGACGUGGGGGAGGGGGCCGCUCUAGUGUCGUCACCCGCGGCCGAGCCGAUGACGCUCGGGGACAAGCGCCGUCUCUGCGUUCUGCCGCUGCUGCUGCUGCUGCUGCUUAUCUUCUACGGCCCGGGGCAGCCGCCGCCGCUCGCUCCGUGGGGGGCCGUGGAACCACCCGGUUCGUUAGGAGCCGGCGGCGGCGGCGGCGUUGGCGGUGAUGAUGUCGACUGUGAGGCCUCGGUGAGCGACGGGGAGGCUUGGCCACCGCCCGAGCUGUUGGCCUCCGUUCGACGAUCCGGCCAAGCGGAGCGGCUCCUGGUGGCCUGGACGCGCGACUGCUCCGCCUUCAGACGUGCGCGGCGCUACGCUGACGCCCCUCUGAGCCACGAGGAGGCGGCCUUCCCCAUCGCCUACUCCGUCGUUGUCCACCACCGCGUGGACAUGCUGGAGAGGCUGCUGCGUGCCGUCUACGCGCCGCAGAACUUCUACUGCCUCCACGUGGACGCCAAGUCCCCCCGCGCCUACCUGGAGGCGGUGCGCGCCCUCGCCGCCUGCUUCCCCAACGUGUUCGUGGCCCGCCGGCUGGAGGUGGUGGUUUACGCCUCGUGGUCGCGCGUACAGGCCGACCUCAACUGCAUGCGCGAGCUGGUGGAGCGAGCCGGCGAGCGCCCCUGGAGGUACUUCAUCAACCUCUGCGGCCUCGACUUCCCCAUCAAGACCAACCUGGAGAUCGUGCGGGCGCUGGGCGGCUUGCACGGCGCUAACAGCGUGGAGUCGACGCGCCCCAGCCGGUUCAAGGCGGCGCGCUGGCGGACGCGUCACGCCGUCGUGUGGAACCGCGUCUUCGACCUACGCCUCGCCAAGGCCCCACCGCCCAUCGCCACGCCGGUGUUCGCCGGCGGGGCCUACGUCGCCGUGACGCGGGCCUUCGUGGAGCACGUGCUGAGCGACCCGGCGGCCCGGGCCUUCGCCGAGUGGUCGAAGGACACCUACAGCCCGGACGAGCACCUGUGGGCCACGCUCCAGCGGAUGCCCGGGGUGCCCGGAGCGACGCCCGUCGACCAGAAGUACGACGUGACGGACGUGCAGGCGCUGACUCACCUGGUCAGGUGGCAGUCGAUGGAGGGGGACGUCCUGCAAGGAGCUGCCUACCCGCCUUGCAGGGGCGUGCACGUGCGCGGGAUCUGCAUCAACGCGGCGGGCGACGUGCCGUGGGUGCUGCGCCAGCCGCAGCUGUUCGUCAACAAGGUGGACGCGUCGCUGGACCAGGGGGCGGCCGUGCGCUGCCUCGAGCGGAGCCUCCGGCGGAGGGAGCUCGCGCAGACGCAGCGGCGCGGGGCGACGGAGUAGGCCUGUCUAUGCCCGUAUAUGGACUUAAGUGGGCGUGUCUAUGCCCAUAUAUGGACUUAAGUGCGUGUGUCUAUGCCCAUAUAUGGACUUAAGUGCGUGUGUCUAUGCCCAUAUAAGGAAGUGGGUGUGGUGUUGCCAUAUAUGGAGGUUGGUGUCUAUGCCCAUAUAUGGACUUAAGUGGGUGUGGUGUUGCCCGUAUAUGGACUAAAGUGGGCGUGGCAUUGCCCAUAUAUGGAAGUGGGUGGGGGCAGUGCCCAUAUAUGGAAGUGAGCGUGUCUAUGCCCGUAUAUGGAAGUGGGUGUGUCUAUGCCCAUAUAUGGAAGUGGGUGUGUCUAUGUCCAUAUAUGGAAGUGGGUGUGUCUAUGCCCAUAUAUGGACUAAAGUGGGUGUGUCUAUGCCCAUAUAUGGACUAAAGUGGGUGUGGCGUUACCCGUAUAUGGAAGUGGGUGUGUCUAUGCCCAUAUAUGGAAGUGGGUGUGUCUAUGCCCAUAUAUUUGUACGCUGCUAUAAUUGUCAACGACGACGACGACGAUGAUGAUGAUGCGUCGCUUCGUUGAGUUGCUAUAAUUUGUGAGAGAGAGAGAGCUACAUAGCCCGCUGUGCCUUAGCUGCUGAA